CAUUCGAAUUCAUUUGCACGUGUCGGUUUCUCGUCGGAGUUCACGCUGCUGCAGAUGUCUUGCUCAGAGUUUUAAAUUUUACUUUACACACGAUAGUCAAUCAGUGUUCAUAGGAGGCUGUUUGCCACUGCGCUUUGUGUGGAACCUCUUUUCUCGAAUUUGACUAAUGUUUUCGUGACACGGCGCGGUCUAAAAAUAAUUAACCACACAACGCCAGUUUUCCUUUCGCAGUCGUCCCCAAGAAGUCGCGAAUAACAGACAGUGAAACUAUGUGGAUCGAUAGUGUCAACGAAGGUUGCCGUUGUGGCCGAACAUGCUAAUGGGUAUGUGAUAAUUUUCCUGCUUAGCCAUCCGUGUGACGUGUGACGUUUCAAACCAACUUGCUUCGCUAACCGACAAGUGAUUGUUAGAGUUAUCAGUUCGAGAGAUAAGGCUAAUAUAUGCGUCAUUUGAAAAACGUCUACUCCCGUGCGGUGCAAAUCAGCAGGCGGUAAACCUACUUGCUGGAAGUGUUUUAGUGACCAGUGAUGCGCACGUCGAUCAUGAUCGUGUAGAGAGCCAGCACAUUUCGGUGUUUUGAUUAAAAAAAAACAAAUCGUUGGCCUGCUAAAAGAACUAAUGAACUGAGUUGAUUCACUCAUAAAGUCACGCUCCAACCUGAUCUAAAAUACUGUUCAUUCAGUCGAUGGCAUCAUCAAUGCGUUCGUACCUAACGUAAAACAAUGAGUAGGGUCGUCGAAUGUAUUAAAUGUUUCUGCGGCUGCAACGAACUCUCGAAAGAGCGCAUCAAAGAGCUACUCUGUAAGAAGAUUCAUGGAUUUCUCAAUGACAACGAGGCGGUGACAAUGUUCAAAAAGUUUAUUCCCAGCGACUCACGCACACAUAAGCACAUCGACAUUGUAGCGCAGGCUAAAAUUUACCAGCAGGCAGAAAUAGACACGAGCUCAGACGGUUGGGAAGAGUUUGUCGAAGACCUGGAAGAACAGUUCGCAGACGAAUUGCUGGAAAGCGCAGAUAUUAACGCUGUACUCGAAAAAAUAAUUUUUUAUUACAGUAAAAAAAUCGAAACGUCUAUAGAUUAUCAGAAUUAUGUCGAUAACCUGAGGCAAAAGUAUAAGAAGUUUCGUUCACCGAGAAAAUAAAUCGACUGUGAAAACAUGCCUUAGUAACUAGUGACUCAUAAGCGUAUAUAAAUUAAGUGCUUCGUUGGUUAAUAUUUAAUUUAUCGUAUAAUAAAUAUGAUUUCCUAUUAUAAACAUUUUUAUAAA